AUGGACGCGGAGCGAGCGGCUUGUCGGCGACAGGAGGAGGAGAGAGCGGCUUGUCGACGACAGGAGGAGGAGAGAGCGGCUUGUCGACGACAGGAGGAGAAGGAGGAGGAGGAGGAGGUCCUGAAAUCGCAGUGGGACAUGUUGCUGCACUACGGGGCAGACCUGCCCGACUGGGUGCCCAACUGGUUUUGGAUUUUCAAGACCAGUUAUGACAAGCUGCACGCGGCGAGCAAGGCCAGAUUGAAGAAUCCCGAUUCUUCACAAGCCACAGGCUACUUGCGACUUUGCCUGUAUGUCGGGCGAUUGUUGCUGCGGGCCAUGCAGUCCUCAGGCGCAGGUCAGGACAAGAUUGCUCUUGAGACGUCCAUUGUGUUGGGUCGGAGCAGAGAGCUUUUGCGCUUGGGCCUUUUCGGCGACAAUGUUCUGCCUCGGCCCGUGGACUCAUCGUUCCUCACGGACGACAAGCUGGAAGAUUUGGAGGCUGCUUUGCUGAGCACAGGCUCGCAUGUCUUCGAGUUCAGUGCGGAAUGCCCCAUCGUCCAAUCAGAGGUCCCGAGAUUUAGCAAGGCGCACCUCUUGCGUGACAAGUCCGUGAGACUACACCUCGCAUGGUGCAACUCAACAGAGGCUGUCGAGGAGGUGGCUGCGCAGGUGCAGCAGUUGAACCUGACCUCCCUGAGCUUAGGCUUUUUCAGCCAUAAGACCUUUACGGACGCCUGGCUUCUGCGACUGGCCAAGGCGGUCCAAGUCAUGCCCCUGACUUCUCUGACCUUGAGUUUUGGCAGCAACACAAUGUUUAAGGAUGCCGGACUGCUGCGGCUGGCGGAUUCUUUGCAGGGCAAGCCCCUGACAUCUCUGACCUUGGGGUUUGGCGACAAUACAAUGUUUACGGAUGUCGGGAUGCAGCAGCUGGCGGAGGCUUUGCACGGCAUGCCGCUGACCUCUCUGACCUUGGGUUUUGACAGCAACGCAACGUUUACGGAUGCCGGGCUGCUGCGGCUGGCUGAGGCUUUGCGUGGCAGGUCUCUGACGUCUGCGUGGGUGAAAUUUCGCGACAACAACAAGUUUACGGAUGCCGGGCUGUGGCGGCUGGCGGAGGCUUUGCAGGGCAUGCCCCUAACCUCUUUGCUCUUAGGGUUUGACAGCAAUACAAAGUUUUCGGAUGCCGGGCUGCUGCGGCUGGCGCAGGCAUUGCAGGGCCUGCCCCUGAGCUCUCUGUGGGUGAACUGUCGCGACAACAACAAGUUUACGGACGCCGGGCUGCUGCGGCUGACGGAGGCUUUGCAGGGCAUGCCCCUGACCUCUUUGAUGUUGGGGUUUGACAGCGGUACAACCUUUACGGAUGCUGGGCUGCUGCGGCUGGCCGAGGUUUUGCAGGGCAGGUCUCUGACCUCUGUGUGGGUGAAAUUUCGCGACAACAACAAGUUUACGGAUGCCGGGCUGCUGCGGCUGGCGGAGGCUUUGCAGGGCAUGCCCCUGACCUCUCUGACCUUGCAGUUGGGCUUUUACCGCAACACAACAUUUACGGAUGCCGGGCUGCUGCGGCUGGCGGAGGCUUUGCAGGGCAAGCCCCUGACAUCUCUGACCUUGGGGUUUGGCGGCAACACGAGGUUUACGGAUGCUGGGCUGCUGCGGCUGGCGGAGGCUUUGCAGGGCAUGUGCCUGACCUCUCUGAGCUUGGGUUUUUACCGCAACACAACGUUUACAGAUGCCGGGAUGCUGCGGCUGGCCGAGGUUUUGCAGGGCAUGCCCCUGACCUCUUUGACCUUGGGUUUUUACCAUCAGUUUGUGUACACGUAUCCGGGGCUGCUUCAGUUGGCUGCAACCCAGGCUGACUUCGCGUGA